AUGUGUCCCCCAGUCAACGUUCGCCGUGGGGCCAAGGGCCUGUCCCGCCUCUAUGCGGAAUGGCUAUACCAGCUUGUCCACGGAAAAGAGAUGAAGACCUGCUUUGCUUGCUACAAGGCAGCUUUCCAUACUAAUAGAAUAUUGCUGGAGAUGGUUUACUGGGAAGAGGAACCGAUACAGGAUGAGUCCCAGGCACUCUCAGAGUCAGGAUUCAAGCCAGAGGAAACGUCUAAGCCUGAAGAAGAAUCUCAACCCAAGGAAGAAUCUGGGCCAGAGGAGCGGUCAGGGCAAAUCUGUGCAGAAGGUCAAGGACAUAUGUCUGAUGCCAUCAGUGACCAAUCAAGUUCUGGCUUUCCGAGUCCAGGCUCUGUAGGGACAGAGCUGGAACCUGAGGAAGCUGUACCCCUGGACCCCGGCACUGAGAAUGAUGAGUGGAUGCAGGCCCUUCGCUGGAAAUUAGGUAACUUCUGUCCCUGCCCCCACCAGUGCACCAUCCCCACUCUGUCCUUGUGGGAUAUUUUCAAUGUGGACCCAUCUCCUGAGCAAGCUGUAUUGUUAGAGUUGAGCCCCCUUUGGCCCAUGGAAAAGGUGGUAGGAACGUGGUUGAGAAAACUGGAUUUCAACUUGGUGUUGUCUGGCUCUGGUACCAUCUGCUACUUGCUGUCAAUGACUCCUUUAUGGGUUGUGAUGACCCAAGUUAAUCGCUGGCAGGUGUUGCUGGACCCUCAAGCCUAUUUGCUGGCCCACCUAGAGACUGGUCCUCAAAAGCAGGGCCUGAACCGCUGGAGGCUGAGCAUCCUGGAGUCCUCAGGGCUGGGGGUGGAGCUGGUGCCUGCUGACUGCACCCUGCGGAAAGGCGGCUUCAAGGUGCACUCCUACCUGCCCUGGCAGAGUGACACCCCAGAGGACUGGACCAGGGAGCCAGGGGAGAAGCUGUUUGUCAAAGAUAUUCAGAAGCUGAGGGACCUUUGA